GACGGCCGGUCACAGCGUGCGCGUGCGUGUGCGCGUGCGCCGAGCCUCCCCCACCCCACCCCAUUGUGGUUGCCAGGGCGGCCGCUGAGCUCGAGCCGGCAUUACCCAGCGGACGGCGCGGCGGCGGCCUGGCGCCUGAGCGCGGCAUCGAGGUUUGACGGCGGCGACGACGGCGGAGGCGGAGGAGCAGGAGGAGAGAGGGAAGGAAGCGGCGGCAGCGGCGGCGGCAGACACGGCAGACACAGUGACAUGCCCCCCAAGAAAACGUCCAGCCAGCCCAGCAAGAAGAACGAGCAGAAGAAGAAGGAGAAGGUUAUCGAGGAUAAGACCUUUGGUCUGAAGAACAAAAAAGGAGCAAAGCAGCAAAAAUUCAUCAAAACUGUCACAAAUCAAGUCAAGCAUGGGCAAGCAGGUGGAAAACAGGUACCUUUUGGUGAUGAAAAGAAAUCUAAGAAGGAUGAUAAAAAGAAAGAGCUCCAAGAGCUUAAUGAACUUUUUAGACCAGUCGUAGUUGCUCAGAAGAUCAGCAAAGGAGCAGAUCCCAAAUCUGUGGUCUGUGCAUUUUACAAACAAGGUCAGUGUACCAAAGGUGACAAAUGCAAGUUUUCACAUGACCUGACCCUUGAAAGAAAAAGUGAAAAACGCAGUAUGUAUGUAGAUGCCAGAGAUGAAGAGCUUGAGAAAGACACGAUGGAAAAUUGGGAUGUUAAAAAACUGGAGGAAGUGGUCAAUAAAAAACAUGGUGAUGCAGAACAGAAGCAAACCGCAAUAGUUUGCAGACAUUUUCUUGAAGCCAUAGAGAAUAACAAGUACGGCUGGUUUUGGAUAUGUCCAGGGGGAGGAGACGUCUGUAUGUACCGUCAUGCCUUGCCGCCGGGCUUUGUUUUGAAGAAAAGCCUGAAGAAAGAAAUAAAAGAAGAAAUUUCAUUGGAAGACUUAAUCGAAAUAGAGAGAGCUGCCUUAGGACCAGACGUAACUAGGAUCACUCUUGAAACCUUUUUGGAAUGGAAAAAAAGGAAAAGACUUGAGAAAAUUGAGAAAUCUCUAGAAGAUCUGGAAAAGAGGAAAGCAGAUUUCAAUGCUGGCAAAGCUUUUGGCGUGAGUGGACGAGAAGUAUUUGAAUUCCGGCCUGAAUUGAUCAAUGCUGAUGAUGAGGAAGCAGAUGACACCCAAUAUUCACAAGAAGAAGACGAAGAGGUUGAAGAAGCAGAAGAGUUCAGCGACAUUGAUGCUUCACGAUUUGUCCCAUUAGAGAUAGAUAAGACUGGCAUUACAGUCUCAACUGGAUUUGACCGGAAAGGAGAAACACAUUCUGCAAGUAUACCCAAAGAAAUGUCAAAUUAUACAGAUGAAUAUAAAUUGGACGAGGCUUCAGGAGGAGUUGAUAAUGAAAGCGUUGAUAUGGUGGAUGGAGAAUUGGCAGAUGGUCACAUUGAUGGUGUCCCUGUAGAUGAAAAUCUCUUUACUGGAGAAGACCUUGAUGAGCUGGACGAUGAAUUAGAUGACUUGGAUCUGGAAGAUUAAGGAGGAUGGAGUUAAGCAUGUUGAAUAUAGACUUGGAGGUGGAAAUUCAAAAGACUUCAUGUUAAAGAAAUCAGUCAGAUGUUAUUUAAUGUUUGACCCCAUAGGCCUCUCCUGUGCUGCUUUUGAAAUAUGCAGAGGUAUGGUAUCUAUUGGCGUUUACCAUGGUGUAAUGUUGCCCUGUAAACCACCAGUAAUGAAAAUCUACCUUUCCAAAUUGUCCAAAAUCUGAGUAUAUUCUCUGACAUUGCCAACUACAAUAGCAAACGCCACACUUUACUCUGAGUUCCAGACAGUUAACUAAUUUGGAUAUAAUCAACUUGAAGAUUAAUAACAAUAUUCCCUUCAAACAAUGUGCUUGAACUCAUUCGUUUGGACAAAAAAAGAUGCAGAACAAUCUGAACAUAGGAUAUGAAACUACUUACUUAAAAGGAGAGUGAACCGAAGUUAACCAUUCUGAUUAAAUUAUUCUGUAGAUCAUUACUUGAACAGUGUUGAUCUAGGCUAUCAUAAUGCCAGUUGCCACAUUAUGGAGUGUAUCAAGCACAACUGCCGAACCCAUAGGUUACAAAUUCAUCAAGAUACAGAA